AUGCACGGGACCACGGGAAGACGCGCCUCGCGCAACCCUGGCAACUACCACGACCUCAACUACCGGAACAAACGUUCCUUUGUCGCAAAAACUGCGCGGUUACGAGAGAUUACGAACAAUAACGAAAAUGUCCUGAACGAGCGCAGCAUGUCCUCACCGGCGCUUUUCCUCGCCUCCUCCCCGCUCUCCAUCACGUCUCCACGCCGCAUACCCAAAUCGAAGUUCACGUACAAGCAGCUCCACCAGCUGAAGUCGUACAGCACCCAAACACCGCUCCGAGUAAUCGCACAUGUCGAUCUGGAUGCCUUCUACGCGCAAUGCGAGACGGUGCGGCUCGGUAUCGACCCCACAAAACCUCUCGCGGUCCAGCAAUGGCAAGGGCUCAUAGCGAUCAACUAUCCCGCGCGUGCAUUCGGACUGAACAGGCACGUAACGUCUGCGGAGGCGCUGAAGCAAUGUCCGGAGCUUAUUAUGCAGCAUGUUGCGACAUGGAAAGAGGGUGACGAGAAAUGGGCCUACCACGAAGACUCGUUCACGAACAUGGCAACACAUAAAGUCAGCUUAGAUCCAUACCGAUUAGAGAGUAGAAGGAUUUUGAAGUGCAUAAAGGAAGCGCUUCCAGAAGAGGAGCAGCGUGUAGAAAAGGCCAGCAUCGAUGAAGUCUUCAUGGAUUUGAGCGCACAUGUGCACACCAUCCUGUUGGAGAGAUACCCUGAGCUGAGGGGUCCAGCCCCGUACGACGACCCCACAGAGCCGCUGCCGAAGGUACCGACUACUGUGCUGGACUGGGCAGCCGAUGCGCUUGUCGAGACUGGUGAGGAAGAUGGCGAGGACAAAGAUCCGGAUUGGGACGAUGUGUGUAUGGUCAUCGCAUCAGAAAUUGUGCGUGACGUGCGAAAACACAUCAAGGAUACACUCCAGUAUACGUGUUCCGGUGGUGUUGCGCGCAACAAGAUGCUCGCGAAGUUGGGCUCCGGGUACAAGAAGCCAAAUCAGCAGACCGUCAUUCGCAACAGAGCUGUCAAGCAUUUCCUCUCUGACAUGAAGUUUACCAAGAUCAGGAUGCUGGGGGGAAAGCUGGGCGACGAGGUCGUUGCUAUGUUUGGCACUGACAAAGUCAAGGAGCUAAGAGAGCAGCCCUUAGACCAACUCAAAAGAAUUGGUGAUGAUACGGGAAGCUGGCUGUACUCUAUCAUCAGAGGCGAGGAUAACAGCGAAGUAAACACCCGCACGCAGAUUAAGAGUAUGCUAUCAGCGAAGUCCUUCAGACCGUCCAUCAAUUCGUUCGAACAAGGAGUCAGGUGGAUACGAAUCUUCGCUGCGGACAUCUUCUCGCGGUGUGUGGAAGAGGGGGUGCUGGAGAACAAGAGGCGGCCUAGAACCAUUGUCUUGCAUCAUCGACAAGGUGCGCAGACACGUAGUCGAUCAGCACAGAUUCCACAGGGUAAGCCUUUGUCAGAAGUGACUCUCUUCGAUCUUGCAAAGAACCUCCUUGCCCAGGUCGUUGUUGAUGGACGAGCAUGGCCAUGUGCCAAUCUAUCACUGAGUGUAGGCGGCUUUGAAGACGGACCAAAGAACAACGCAGGCAUUGGCGGUUUCCUUGUGCGUGGCGAUCAAGCGAAAGCAAUGAUGUCUUCGGACCGACAUUCGAGUUACAAUGAGCCUCCCGCGAAAAGGAGGCGAACUAAAGGCAACAUAGCUAGCUUCUUCGGGGCGAGAGACGAUAAGAAGAAGGAUUUCGACGCCGCAAGAGCAGUGCUGAUGAAGGCACACAGCGAAUCUACUAAGGACGAGACAGAAGAGGAAGUCGAGGACCGUGACGACGAGGAUGCUUUGGAAGACAUUCGCAGUGACGAAGUCACACGGCCAACAACGCCAACGCUCGAGCACCAGGACUCCAGAAAAGAGAUGUACAGAUCGAACACUCCACCCUCAGCACAGCCUCGAGCUCCAUCAAGAUCGCCGCCUGCACAUCAAGAAAUUCAAGAAGACGGUCCACCAGUUAUGCCAGCACCUCGAGCCAAUCGUGCCGAACAGGCUCAUGAGACCCUUAACACCUUCUUCUGCUCUCGCUGUAACAUCCAUUUGCCAAAGUUCGAAGAGACUGAACACAUCGAUUACCACUUUGCCCUAGACUUGUCGAAAGAGAUGCGACAAGAAGAGCGAAACCCGCCGCCAGUAGUAAAGAAUCGAGGGACUCUGAAACCUAGUAGAGGGAGAGGAAGGCCGCCAGGUAGUGGGAGAGGUGGUGGAUCAAGCGGUGGAGAAAAGGGACAGAAGACAUUGGCUUUUGGACGACAGGGGUGA